AUGAACAGUGUGUGUGAUUGUGGUAGAAAAAGAGGCCCUAUGAACAGUACAAAUUGGUCAAGGCACAAAAAAUCAUGCAAAAGUAAAAGAAUUAAAUUGAGCUAUUCAGCAUCUCAAAAUAACUGUACUAAUAUUACCAAGUUUUUCAAUCCAACUAAUUCAAGAAAUUCAGUUGAAACAAAAUGUGCUGCAGUUUCAGAUCAAGAUAAUUCUAAAACGUUGGAUGUUCAAAAAGAUACAACAAAAAUUACUUUAGAUGUGAUGACAAAUGAAGAAAAAAUUAAUGGUCAAGAAAAUGUUACAACUGUAGUAAGUAAUGAAAAUCCAGAUAAAUAUCUUGCUGAAAUACCUUUUCCUACAGUCAAUGAAGAGAAUUUGGCAGAAAACCAAUUGCUUAAAUUUGGAAAUGAUCCAGCAGUCUUUAGUCAUGUCAAAAAAUUAAGUCCUGAAUUGAUUGAUCAUUUUUUUAAAACUGGAGCAGCACAACCAACUGCAAAUGAAUUGGAAAAUAGAUGUUUUCCAAUAGACUCCCAUGGUCGAUCUUUUCAUGAGAAUUGGUACUGGAAGACAAUAGCCAGUGGUGAAGUUGUGCGUAGAAAAUGGUUAUCAUAUUCUUUGACUAAAAACAAAUUGUAUUGUCUAUUUUGUGCUCUAUUUGGAAAUAAUUAUAAAACCAACUGGGUAAAUGAAGGCAUUUGCAACUGGAAAAAUGGAAUACUAAAAAUAGUUAUUCAUGAAACUUCUGAAGCACAUGUAAUGGCAUCUAUUAAAGCGAUGCAUUGUCUUCCAUUCCGUGGCCACAGAGAAGGCUGGAAUGAAAAAUUGACAGGAAAUUUUAAAGAUUUAGCUUUACUGUUAGCUAAAUACUCCCCAGCAUUAUCAGCAUAUAUUAUUGAAGUAAAAUUAAAGGGAAGAAAAAUGAACAAUUUCUUAUCAUGGCAACGUCAAAAUCAAUUUAUCCAAGCUAUUUCUACAAACAUUAAAAAUACUAUACAAAAAGAAAUUUUAAAUGCAAGGUUUUUUAGCAUAUCAUUAGAUACAACAUUUGAUGUUUCAAAAAAAGAACAAGUAUCUGUAGUUUUUCGGUAUAUUAAUAAAGACUCAGAAAAUUGUAUAGUGAAUGAAAGACUAGUAGCUGUACGAGAAACUGUGAUGACUACAGGUCAACAACUUUUUUUGUUAAUCGAAGAAAUAUGUAAAGAAAUGAACAUUGAAUGGAAAACACAUCUUAUAGGUCAAUCAUAUGAUGGAGCGGCAUCAAUGAGGGGUGUAUACAAUGGUCUCCAGGCGAUAAUAAAACAACAAAAUCCUAGUGCAACAUAUGUUUGGUGUUGGGCACAUCGAUUAAGUCUUGUUAUUGUUGAUGCUGUUAGCAGUUGUACUGAAGCCAGAGAUUUAUUUGGUAAUUUAGAAACUCUCUAUGAUUUUAUCGGUAGUAGUAAAAAACGUACAAGUCUAUAUUCUGAAUACCAAACUAAACGUUAUCCUGGUAAACCUUUACGCAGGUUGGAAAGAGUCGAUACUACUAGAUGGUCAUCACAUUCUACUGCAUUACAAACUAUAUUUUAUACUUAUGACUCAAUUUUAGAUACAUUAAACUACUUGCAAGAUGACAUUACUUCAGAUCGAAUGUGUUGUGUAAAAGCUAAAAGUUUAUAUGAAUAUAUGUUAUCAGAACGCUUUGUAUUAACUGGAUUGACAUUUAAAAAUUUUUUUGAUAUUAUUAGCCCUUUGAGUUUAUUUUUGCAAGGCAAAAAUAUUGAUUUAUUGGCUGCUGUUUCAUAUGUCAAAUGUGUCGAAAAAAAAAUUCUAUCACUUAGAAGUGAAAAUGAAUUCCAUGUCUUGUUGAAAGAAAAAGAAGAAUUUAUUACAUCAAAAAAUGAUGAGUUUUAUAUAACCCCUCUUAUUCAAACUCGCAUGAGACGUAAAAAGGUUAUGGCCGGAGAUAUGACAUUGGAUGAACAGCAGAGUCAAAAUCCAAUUCAAAAUUUUAAAAUAAACACCUACUUCAUUAUUAUAGACAUUGUUAAUACUCAAUUAUCAGAGAGGUUUAAUGAAUGUUCAAUACCUUUAAUCAAAGAUUUAGCUCUUUUUCAAAAGAAACGAUUAGUAGAAAUAACAAAAUCAGCAAAUAUUCCUGCUGAUGCAUUUAACGGUUUCGAGCAAGUGUAUGGAAAAUUUGUAACUGCAGAAAAUUUGAGAAAAGAGUAUAUACAAUUUGCAAGUGUUUAUUUGAAAUUAGAAAAUUCUGUAACCCUACCAAAAAAAUUACACAAACAAAAAGAAGAUAUUAUAGAUGUACUCCAUUCUGAUACAGAAAAUAGUCAAAACAGUGACGAUGAUGAUUUUAACAGUGAAACUGAGGGAACUAUACAUACAAUAUACAAUGUAUGCUGUAAGACAGGUUUAAAUGAUAUAUUUCCUUCACUAUACAUAGCUCUAAGCAUAGCCCUCACACUACCAAUAUCAAGUGCUUCACCAGAGAGAGCGUUUUCAAAACUAAAGCUGAUCAAAACACGUCUUAGAAGUACUAUGUGUGAAAAUAGACUUGAAGGACUGAUGAUAAUGUCGUGUGAAAAAGAUAUUUCAGUUGAUCCAAACGACAUUAUACAGCAAAUAGCAUCAUACAGUUCAGUCCUGACAAAACUGUUAACUUAA